UCUCCCAAUGACUGAAUCAUGUCCGAUUGAGAUUCUCCCAAUGACUGAAUCAAGUCCGAUUGAGAUUGUACCAAUGACGACAUCCGUACGACUCCAGUGCAUUUCAACGCGUCACCACCCCUUCCUCCCUGAAGAGCGUUUCAAAAUCUGAAAGGAGAGGCAGCAGGAUGCAGAAGGCAUUUUAGCGUACUGAACCAGAAUAAACCGUUUUGACAACGAAAUAAAAAAAAUUAAGUAGGACAACCGUGACACGCAACCCCAAAACAAGAAGUUUAAUCAUCAAGUUUCGUUUUUUUUUAUUUAGAAAAAUACCAAAGACGGAACGUUGUUGGGAAACUUUGUAGCGGGCUUCCUAAAACACGAUCAGAGAGGAGGAAUAGGCAUCCUCCGAGUUAGUGGAGUUGCUGUGGGGCAGGGUGCUGUCCUAUGGGAUGGAUGACGGCCAGCAGGAUCAGUACGAGGAGCGUCUGAAGGAGGUAUUUGAGACUUUCGACACCAGUGGAGCCGGGUUGCUGUGCCCCGAGGAGCUAUCCAGCCUGUGCCAGGCCCUGCACCUGGAGGAUGCCACCCCAACACUCCUACAUGCCCUGCUGCAGAACCAGGACCCACUCACUGACAGGGUUGAUUUUGACCAGUUCAAGAAUGCUUUAAUUCUGGUGUUGUCAACGACGACAGCAGUAGUAACGUCCAGUCAGGAGACAUGUGCACCGCCACAGCCGGACUCACCAGUCCAAGCUAAGUUUGUGCGGGGUAGUAAACGCUAUGGCCGGCGCUCUACACCAGAGUUCAUCGAGACCAUCGCAGACUUCUCAGAGGUGGUGAGCUCGGAGGCUACAGGGCAGCAGGAGCCAGAGGACCAUGACUCCACCGUACUGAGGAAACGUGAGCGCUGGAACGCUCAUGAAAGCAUUACGGACGAGUACGAGGCAGAUGGCCAGCUGCACCUGUGGAACCCUGAUGACCCCUCCACCCCGCGGGGCUCCACAGUGCCCCUGUCAGAUUGCCUGGAGGAGAGGUUACGACAGGCCUGUGAGGAGCUGGCUAUACCCUGGGAUGGAUGUGCCAGCCACCAUGAGCUACUGGCUCUCUGUGACCACCUGGGCCUGGAGGUGACGGAAGAUGUCCUCCAGGUUCUAAGUGGUGAUGAGGUCAUGAGCGUUCAGGCGUUUACUUCCUGGGUUCUGAACCAAGCCAAGCCCCCCACCCCGUCUGCCUCCACACCUUACAGACAGCUGAAAAGACUACACUCCUCACAGCCGUUUGAUGAGACAGGCCGUAGGACCAGCUGUAUGACCAGCUCCAUCAGGAUGUGUCUGUUCUCCACUCUAGACGAUGGGACAGGGUCCACUCCUGCCGAGGAUGUCCUGGAUGCCUGGAUGGAGGAAGGCAUCGAAAACAGCCCUGAGAUACUACAGGCCUUGGAUUUUGACCUGGAGGGAAAAGUGAACCUCCGGGAGCUGACUGUGGCUCUGGAGAACGAGCUCCUCGUCACUAAGAAUGGGAUCCAUCAGGCUGCACUGGCCAGCUUCAAGGCUGAGAUCAGAUACCUACUCGAGCGUGUUGAUCAUGAACGCAGAGAGAAAGAGAAGAUUCGCUCUGACCUGGACAAAGCCGAGAAGUUAAAAACCCAGCUGGCUGCUGAAGUGGACGAGCAUCACUCUGCCAUCGAACGCAUGAAUGACCUCAACCUCAGGAAGCUGGAGCAGGAACACAGGGAGAAGCUGGUGUCUGUCAGGUCAGAGCUCAUUAAAGAGAUGGACCAGAUUCAGCAGCAGAAAGAGAAACUGGAGGCAGAGAUGGAGAAGAUCAGAGACGACGAGACCUUCCUCAGAGAUCACCUCUCACUCACUGUCAAGGAAAGUAGGUGUCUGGAGAUGGAGCUGCUGGUCAGCACUGAGAAACUGUUGGUGGCAGAAAGCCAAGUCGGCGAACUGCAGAAGAACCUGGAUAACAUCCUGAAGGAGAAGUUUGGAGAUCUGGACCCGGGCAGUGCAGAGUUCUUCCUACAGGAGGAGCGUCUCGGACGGCUCCGCAGCAGCUAUGAAGAACAGUGCCGGGAGCUACAGGAUCGUAUUGACGAGCUUCAAGCAGAACUGCAGGAGUACCACAACUUGGGCCGAACCUCUCAGCCCUGUCUCAAACCCUCGCUCUCCGAGGAGCUGGGGAGUACGAGUCCUGGCAUGGAGUCAGACCCAGGCCUGGGCUUGGAGGAGGGCCAGCCAUUGUUCAACAUGAGUCUGGAGGCAGAGAUGAUGCUGGAGAGGCUGAAAGAGAAACACCUCCAAGAGAUGGAGGAGCUACAGGCUCAGCUGGAGAGCAAGGUGAGUGAAUUUGAGCAGAAGGUGGAGAAGCAGAAGACUGACCUGGAGACCCAGAAGGCAGCCUUGUCUCUGCACUUCAUGGAGGAGAUCCAGGCUCUACACGGUGAGAUGUCCAGCAGCCAGAACAGAGCCCUGGAGCUCCAGGCCCAGCUAGAUCAGGCAGAGGAGGAGCGGGCUGGCUUGGAGCAGAGGCAGGCUGGGGAGAUGGAAGAGCUGGAGCAACAGCAAGAGGAGGAAGUGAGCAGCCUGGAGGAGCAGCUCCUGGAGGCCCGCACCCAGGCUGCCUCCCUGGGGGAGCAGCUCCUGGAGGCCCGCACCCAGGCUGCCUCCCUGGGGGAGCAGCUCCUGGAGGCCCGCACCCAGGCUGCCUCCCUGGGGGAGCAGCUCCUAGAGGCCCGCACCCAGGCUACCUCCCUGGAGGACCAGCUCCUAGAGGCCCGCACCCAGGCUGCCUCCCUGGAGGAGCAGCUCCUAGAGGCCCGCACCCAGGCUGCCUCCCUGGAGGAGCAGCUCCUAGAGUCCCGCACCCAGGCUGCCUCCCUGGGGGAGCAGCUCCUAGAGUCCCGCACCCAGGCUGCCUCCCUGGGGGAGCAGCUCCUAGAGUCCCGCACCCAGGCUGCCUCCCUGGGGGAGCAGCUCCUAGAGUCCCGCACCCAGGCUGCCUCCCUGGAGGAGCAGCUCCUAGAGGCCCACACCCAGGCUGCCUCCCUGGAGGAGCAGCUCCUAGAGGCCCACACCCAGGCUGCCUCCCUGGAGGAACAGCUCCUAGAGGCCCACACCCAGGCUGCCUCCUUGGAGGAGCAGCUCCUAGAGGCACAACAGGCGAAAGGUGAGUUGGGCCGGGACACAGAGAUGCAGGAGCUAAGGAAACUACAUGCCGCGGAACUCAACAAGCUGGACGAGGAGCACAAAGAGAUCCUUUUGACCAGGAUGGAAGAAGAGCGGGGGAAGCUACAGGAGGAGAGGGCGGAGGUGGAGAUGAGGCUGUUGGAGGGGUGGGAGAGGGAGAAGCUGGAGUUGCAGCAGAGCCACGAGGAGACAGUGAAGGCUGGGAUAGAGGAGGUGGAGAUGAGACUCAUGGAGGAGUGGGAGAGGGAGAAGGCUCAGUUGAACAAGCAGAGUAACGAGUCGCUGCAGACCAUGUUAGAGGAGGCGAUGUUACGACUAGUCAAGGAGCAGCAGAACAGGGAGGCCAGGCUCACUGAGCAGUGGGAGCUGGAACGAGCUCGGCUUCAGCAGUGUCGUGAGGCGGCUCUCCUCACAAGGUUAGCCGAGGAGCGCCUGAAGCAGCAGGAGGAGACUGAGAGGAGGCUGAGAGAGGACUGGGACAGGGAGAGACUCCAGCUGGAGGAGGAAUAUGAGGGGGUGUUUCAGGAGCGGCUGAAGGAGGAGAGGCAGAGCCUAAAGGAGGCCCACAGACGGGCCAUGCAGGAACUGAGUGCCAAACACCAUGAGGAGAGGGAACAGCUCAGCAGUCUACUGGAUAAACUGCGGGAGGACAUCGCUGAGAAGAGGCGUGAGGUGGGUUGCCUUGUAGAGGAGAACCUUUUACUCACACAGAAGAUGUCAGCGCUGAAGGAAGACAGCCAGAAGGAGAUGCUCUUCAAACUGGAGCAUUUCAGGAAGGAGAAGAUUUCUGCGCAAAAGAAGGCAGAGCGUUUCAAGAGACAGAUCUCAGUGCUUCGUCUCCGCAGUCAGCAGCUGGAGGAUGAGAACGGACUGCUGUCGGAGAAGAACGCCCAGAAUGCAGCAGGAGUGGAGGGGUUGAGCCAGCAGCUGGGGGAACUGCUCAGACAGAGUGAGAGACAGGAAGCUGUCAGAGACCAGCAACGUACCGUACCGGAGGAUGAGAGGAUGAAGAUGGCAGUGUGUGUGACUGCCCUGGAGGCGGAGCUAACCAACGCUGUGGAAGGGACUGUACUACUAGAGGAGGGCAAGGCCCAGCUGGUGCUACAACUCAAUACCCUCAGAGAUAAGGUAGCUAAGAUGGGGGCUGUAGAGUGCCGGCUCUCCUCCCUCCUGCAGGAGCGCAAGGCUUUGGAAAAACAAACCCAGGGAUUACGUAACCAGCUAGCCAAGUCUCAGGAGAGGAACCAGGUGUUGGAGGAAAGCCUGCAGUCUGUUGACCUCCAGAGCGCCCGUCUCAAGUCAGACCUCCGCGUGUCACAGCAAGAGAAGGACGCCCUCAAACAGGAAGUGAUGUCACUGCACAAACAGCUGCAGAACGGCAACGACAAGAACCAGGUUCUGGAGAUGGCCCUGCACUCCAGCGGAUACCAGAGCCAGCAAAAGAAGCUGUACCAGGAUGAGCUUGCCAGGCUGGUGGAACAGGAACAGCAGCAGCUGAGGCAGGAGAACGAGAGGCUGACCAUGGAGCUCCACCACACCAGGGAAAAGCUGGAGGCAGCCAUCUUAACCGUGAAACAGCAGAAACAGCAGGGCCAGUCCAGCGUGGGGAAGACUGUGGAACAGGAGAAGACUGCUCUGAAGAGAGAGCUGGACGUGAUGCAUCAGGAGCUACUCUCUGCUCAGAACAAGGUGUGUGAGGUUCAGCGAGAGCUGGACAGUCUACGUCAGGAGAAUGAGGGGCUGAAGACUCAACAGGCUCCACUACAGGCCUGGCUUCUGGAGGCCCAGCUGGGUGGUCUGCUGCCCCCCUCCCCUCGCAGGAUGCCUGGUGAGUGGAGAGGACAACACUGCGAGAACGACCACAACCCAGAGAACAUACAGGAUGAGAGGUCGAUGAUGAUAAUGAUGAAGAUGGAGGAGCGUAUGAGGGAAAUCGAACUGUCGCUGCAUAACGUCAAGCUGCUUCUCAAAGAGAAGGUCUCUCAACUGAAAGAUCAGCACCACAAGAACGGUAAAGCUGAUUCGUUGAUCAAGGACCUGUACGUGGAGAACGCCCAGCUGCUGAAGGCCUUGGAGAUGACCGAGCGGAGACAGAAAGUAGCAGAGAAGAAGAACUAUCUACUGGAUGAGAAGAUCUCCAGCCUCAACAAGAUAGUCAGAGACCUGAGCCCCUCACCCCUACCCACAAUGCCCUACCAUUUCACCUGUUCCUCACACUCCACCUGAGCCCCUCACCCCUACCCACAAUGCCCUACCACUUGACUGGUCCCUAAGACUAUACCUCACCCCUACACCCAGUCCCCUCACCCCUACACCUAAUCCCCUACCCCCAGUUCCCUACCACUUGACCCUUUCCUAUAAUAACACAUUACAUUUUGUAGAGCGCUGUUCAUUUCCAGACGUAAAUCCCAAAGCUCUUUACAGAGAAAUCAUUCAAAGAAAAAAAGCUUUAUUGAAAGAACUAAAAACAUUGGUUAACGAUGCUUUACUUUAUUAAUUCAACCAUUUAAAAAAACAAAAAACACAAACAAGCACACACACAACAUGAAAAAGCCAUACAUGCACAUGAGUUAAAUCAUGGAAAAUAACACACAAUAAAGUGUGGGACUUAUUUCCAUUGUGGUCCUCUUGAAACAAGAUGGCUAGGCAAGAUCCAACACGGUUGAACCCAGUAUUUUAUAUUUUACCUUUAUUUAACCAGGCAAGUCAGUUAAGAACAAAUUCUUAUUUUCAAUGACGGCCUAGGAACAGUGGGUUAACUGCCUUAUUCAGGGUCAGAACGACAGAUUUGUACCUUGUCAGCUCGGGGGUUUGAACUCACAACCUUCCGGUUACUAGUCCAACUCUCUAACCACUAGGCUACCCUGCCGCCCCUACAGCGAGAUAUGAAAACAAAGAAGAACAACAUCUAUCUCAUCAUACACAAGACACACAGAAUAGUAAAGGAGGCGACAAGGACGGAACCAUACAACUUGAAACAGACAACACGACAUAGAUGACAUAAACUGAAACACAGUUUGAAGAAGUGUUUUUCUGCGUUUCUUUGGGACUGCAAAGGAGUCUUUGAGCAUUUGACCGGAGUGAACCUGAAGACUGUUUGAGGCUGAGGAGUUCACUGAGUUAUUAGGGACCAGAGGCAUUGAGGGUUUUUAAAGAGUAACAGGAGGGUUUUGAAGUUGGUUUUAAAUUGGGUGGGUAGCCAGUGGAGGCUAGAAUGGGGGUGAUGGGGGCAGAUCUCCAGGUUCCUGUGCGGCGCUGUUCUGCAUCCUGUGGAUGCUUUUUGAGGGGGAGACCAUCAAGGAGGGCAUUGCAGUCAUCGAGUCGGGAGGUGACAAGGGAGGUAAGUAUUUCUCAGGUGAAAUAUAUAUAUAUUUUUUGCAAAUCUAUUUUUUGGGGGGAGAAAGUGAGGGGUCCAGAAGGACAGUAGGAUGGAGUGGCCGCCAAAGACUACACUCUACCUGAGCCCACCUAUGCCCUACCUGUGCCCUGUGCCCUACCUCCAGUCCCCUAGCAUUUCGCUACAAUUUUUUUUAUUUUUUUUUAUUGGACCUUUAUUUAACCAGGCAAGUCAGUUAAGAACACAUUCUUAUUUUCAAUAACAGCCUAGGAACAGUGGGGUUAACUGCCUGUUCAGGGGCAGAACGACAGAUUUGUACCAUGUCAGCUCGGGGGUUUGAACUCACAACCUUCCGGUUACUAGUCCAACGCUCUAACCACUAGGCUACCCUGCCGCCCCACAAUCAUAUUAACAUCUGCUUACCAUGUGUAUGUGACCAAUAAAAUUUGAUUUAUUACCUAUCAACUGGUCCUAAUGUAGCAGCCAGGUGUGUGCGAGACAGUUGUGUGUGCGAGACAGUUGUGUGUGCGAGACAGUUGUGUGUGCGAGACAGGUGUGAGCUGAACAUGGAUGGAACCAUGUGUGUCUUUGGACGGAACUACAGCAUUACACUACCACUCCACCUACUGGCAUACCCAAGGCCCAAUACUUGUACAUUACAGCAUUACACUACCACUCCACCUACUGGCAUACCCAAGGCCCAAUACUUGUACAUUACAGCAUUACACUACCACUCCACCUACUGGCAUACCCAAGGCCCAAUACUUGUACAUUACAGCAUUACACUACCACUCCACCUACUGGCAUACCCAAGGCCCAAUACUUGUACAUUACAGCAUUACACUACCAUUCCACCUACUGGCAUACCCAAGGCCCAAUACUUGUACAUUACAGCAUUACACUACCACUCCACCUACUGGCAUACCCAAGGCCCAAUACUUGUACAUUACAGCAUUACACUACCAUUCCACCUACUGGCAUACCCAAGGCCCAAUACUUGUACAUUACAGCAUUACACUACCAUUCCACCUACUGGCAUACCCAAGGCCCAAUACUUGUACAUUACAGCAUUACACUACCAUUCCACCUACUGGCAUACCCAAGGCCCAAUACUUGUACAUUACAGCAUUACACUACCAUUCCACCUACUGGCACACCCAAGGCCCAAUACUUGUACAUUACAGCAUUAUCAUCUACUCUGAGCGAUAUACUACAAAGCAGGAUCAAUGAGUUUGCCAUCUAACUUUUGAUAAGCAACCAGAAAUAACUGUUGAUUUUAUGGUUGAUAAAAA